AUGUCCAAGCCUCUCCCACACAUCAAAAUCGCCCUCCGCCGCUCCGCAGAUCGUGGAUACGCUGAACACGGCGGCUGGCUCAAAUCCCAUCACACCUUCAGCUUCGCCUCCUACUUUGACCACCGCUUCACACAAUUCGGUAGCCUUCGAGUCCUUAACGAAGACCGCGUCGCCGCCCGAAAUGGCUUCCCAACCCACCCACACCGCGACGCCGAGAUCUUCAGCUACAUUCUCUCUGGGGAACUGACCCACCGCGACAGCAUGAUCAAACGCGGCGCCGAAGGACCCCAAGGCAAAGACUUUUACCGGAUGAAGCGAGGCGAUGUACAAUUCACGACUGGUGGCACAGGAAUCGCACACUCCGAAAUGAACGAGUCGAACAAAGAGGUGCAUUUCUUGCAGAUUUGGGCGCUGCCGUGGAAACGGGGUUUGGUGCCGAGAUACCACACGAAGAGCUUCGCGGACGAGGAAAAGAAGAAGGGCUUUGUUACUAUCCUUUCGCCAUUGAAGGCUGGGGUUGAUGCAUCGGCUGCGCAGGAGGAGGAGGCUGAGCCGGUUCUCGAAGGGUCAAUUCCGAUCCAUGCGGACUUUGUCAUGGGCGCAGGGAUUCUAGCGCCCGAGAAGAUGUUUGAGUGGAGGAUUGGAGGUGGGGAGGGAGUGGUGCAGACGAGGAAGAGGAACGUCUAUGUGCAUCUGCCGGCUAGCAAGAAGGGGGGAGCGAAGGUGGAGCUGAAUGGAAGGGAGGAUACAGUGCUUGAAGAGGGCGAUGGGGCAUUUGUGACUGGGGCCAGCGUAGGGGAUUUGUUGAGGUUCAAGAGCAUUGGUAACAGUGAGGCUGAAGUGGUGGUUCUAGAUAGUGAUUGA